AUGCGAUGUCGUAUCGCCGCUUGGCUCUUCGCUCUUAUUUUUUUCGUAUCUGCGCUUUCCGAUUCGUGUAAAUGUUUUAGACUUAGUCAGUCGUCGAUAAUUUCGGGACCUAUGAAUAUCAAGCAAUUCUUUGCGGUGCAGCCGCAUCCAGCUCGGAGCACGCCAACUUCGCCUCCUGCAGGAGAACAGACCGUGCCGGCGCGCAAUGAUGGGUCUUCUAGUAACGAGGGGCUCAACGGACCCGGUUGUGACAUAACUGCAGCGUCGCCCAAGAGGCGCAUUGGAGCCGUUUCAGAUGCCACGGAGGAAGCCACGAUCGAUGAAGGCCUUUCUUGGAGCCAAGAUGAUCCCAGCGAAUCAGUGGGUGACAGUGCAGUGGCCAGCCAGGUCAGUGAAUGCGCCCCUGCUGAAGUUGGGAAGGCCUCUAAGAAACCCAAGAAAAGCCCCAAGAGGAAGGUGGACGCUGAUGAACCGGCCGUUGGUACGCUGUUCAACAGGACCAUGAAGCCGGGCGAGGGCUGCGCCGACAUAAGGUCGGCGAAGUUCGACCCCAGCCUAUUUGACAUAAGCCCAUAUAUCCCCAAAUACCCCCCUUCCGUCCAGCAGAAUUCUCUGUUGUUCAUCUUUUUGGCUGAGAUAUUGCAGGAGGUUGACGACAUGUUCAGAUCGGGCGUGGGUAGUAGGAAAUGCGUGUCCACGAUCUUGUCGAACUUCUUCCGCGUCUUAAUCUACCACAGCCCUAGCGACGUCAUUCACAGCGUUUACAUCAUGAUCAACAGAAUUGCGCCAGAGUAUGAGGGCGAGGAGAUCGGCGUUGGCGACGUGCUGGUGAUGAAGGCAAUGGCGGAAUCCUACGGCAAAAGUGAAAAAUCUAUCAAAGAAAUGUUGACCAAGCACGAGGACCUAGGCAUCGUUGCUAGCAUGAGUAGCUGCACCUCCCAAACCAUCGUGAGACUCCCCGACUUGACCAUAGAAGGCGUCAUCAAACAAUUCAAGGCUCUUGCCGCUGAAUCAGGGAAGAAUUCGGUUGAGCGGAAAAAGAACGGGAUUAAGCGCCUUUUGGCAUGCGCGAAGAAGAAAGAGGCUAAGUACAUCGUUCGGUUUUUGCAGCAAAAGUUACGCGUCGGUGUGAACUCCAUUACGCUAUUCCAGUCCAUCGCUGACGCCACUUAUCUCACGAAGGCUGCUAAGGGCGACCAACCGGCGAUCGGUGACGUACGUACCGCUGGCAUAAAGCAGGCCGAUACCAUUGAAGAAAUGGAGAAGGCCGUCAAAACGGCGACAACGCACCUGGCCUGCAUCGAAACAAUUAUUGGACACCUGCUGGACGGGGACAACUGCCAACAGCUGCUGGAGCACUGCAAAAUACGGCCAGGGAUUCCCGUGAGCCCGAUGUUGGCGAAGCCCGUCAGCAAGACUGCGGAGAUCCUGCCAGCCAUCGGCGGGCCAGGAGUGGCAUUCACUUGCGAGUACAAGUAUGACGGUGAGCGUGUUCAGCUGCACAUGAUGGAGGGCCGUAAGGUGAGGAUUUUCAGCCGCAGCAUGGAAAACAUUUGCGAGAAAUACCCCGAUGUGAUAGAGAGUUUUCUCAUCUGCGUGAAGCCCACGGUGAUGAACUGCAUAAUUGACCUUGAAGUGGUGGCUUAUGACCCGGAAAACGGAAAGAUAAUGCCCUUUCAGCAGCUGUCCACUCGCAAGCGUAAGGGCGUGUCCGUGAAGGACAUAUCCAUCCCGGUAUGCAUGUUCCCGUUUGACAUUCUCUACCUGAACGGCGAGUCCCUCGUGACUAAGUCUCUUUCAGAACGCCGCGCGGCGCUCGAAUCGGCGGUGUCUGAGAGGAAGAACCUACUCAGUUUCGCAUGCCGCAAGGACAUGAACUCCCUGGAUGAGAUUGACGAUUUCUUGCGCCAGGCGGUCUCGGAUUCGUGUGAGGGGCUAAUGAUAAAAAGUCUACACCAGGAUGCGACGUACGAGCCGCAGAUACGCACCAAUAACUGGCUCAAAUUCAAGAAGGAUUAUAUUGAAGGCAUGGGGGACUCACUUGACCUCGUGCCAAUCGCAGCUUUCUCAGGGACUGGAAGGAGAACAAGCGUUUACGGGUCGUUCCUCCUCGCAGUCUACGACCCCGUGCACGAAGUGUAUCAAAGCGUCUGCAGGACUGGCACAGGUUUCAACGACCAGAUGCUAACAGAUCUGCACGAUGGUCUGCAGGAGCACAUCGUCGCCCACAAGCCCGCGAUAUAUGACGUGCCGGCGAGCAUCGAACCUGACGUGUGGUUCCUCCCGGUGAGAGUGUGGGAAUGCAAGGCCGCGGACUUCUCCUUGUCGCCGAUUCACACGGCAGGACAGGAUUUCACUCCGAGCAAGAAGGGCAUUGGGUUGCGAUUUCCGCGUUUCAUACGCUUGCGACAUGACAAGGCCCCGGUCGACGCCACUACCAGCGAGCAACUGUAUGAGAUGUACGCGAAGCAAUUCAACAAGACGCUCUUCAAGGAGAAGAAUACUUCUUCAAGUUUUCAGCUCUGA